AUGCCUCGUCCUGCGAUCGAGGACCCCAUUAUCCUUGACGAUGACUCCGACGACGAGACCUCCCAGCACCACCAACAACCUGUUAGCCCGCUGAUAGUCGCAGCGUCUUCACUAGAUGAUGCUUUGUUUGCGGACGAUGGCCUCGGCAAGAGCCUGGAGGACGACGACAGCGGGGAGAACUUUCCCUUCGCUGUGAACGAGCAGACUCUAGACGUCGACGCCGGCGACUCGUCCGAAGAGCCAGUGGCUGCUAUUGCCCAUACCAUAUUUGGUAAUGAGCCGUCUGCUUCCAAAGUGUCGGAUGCCACAUAUAAUGCGGCCAAAGGCGGCCUCGCCAUCGAUCUCCCAGACUCAACUCUCAUCAACCCACGCUCCAUUGCCGUCAACUACGUUCCUCCUCUUCCGAUUUCGACAGAGCAAUACGCCCUUGACAGUCUUGCACAUCUAGCCGAGCAACAAAGCACAGGCGGCGGCCCGGGUCUCGAUUUCGUCUGCAUUGAUUUAGACGACUUUGAGAUUUAUAUACAUAGGCGCGAAGCAAAAAAUCGCCUACGUUCGCUCCACUUCCUGGGCGCCGGCAGAAGAAACAACAACCGCAUGUACUUUGAUGGCGUCCUCCGCGUCGGGGCGGCUCGGUUCUACGUGCAAGGAGUACCCUUCGAUGACGCCCCAGUCGACAUGUACCGCACUAGGACCGACACGAUCCGGGGCCACAUCAGCAUCCGAUCCGUGCUCAACAAGCGUCACGGCCGCUCCAUCUACUACCGUCUUGGCCAGCCAUCGGUUGUGUACGCGCGUUUCUACGGGCCCUUCCUCUGGGUCGCCGAUCUGGGGAAGCACUUCAUCGACUUCGUGGACCACAUGACGGAUCGCGGCCGUGACGUUCGUGUUUCGCACUUUCGGCUACACUUUUCCAAGUGGUUACGCAAGACGUAUGGCCGAUCGCCGGCUUUGGCUGCAUGGCGGGACAAGUACGGCGCUGGCCGAGACGACUUUGGUCCUGCCGUUGUCGCGUACAGUGACUAUUUAUACAAAGAGGCGACGGCCUUGUUCGGCAAAACGUUUGUAAGCAGCCUAGGCUUGUUUCGCGAGACCACAGACUUUUCCUUCUACAAGACGCACCAGCCAUGCGUUCCUCUCGACCAUCCGCCUUCAAUGCCUCUCCGGACGGUUGUCACCCCGUACAUGUACCACUUGUUCAAGGACAUGGCCAUUGGUCCGUACCUAGAGAGCACACCUGGCCAGCAUGCCCCUCGAAGCAUCGACGAAAAACACAUCCUCCCGCAAAAGCGCACACCUUUCAUCACCGGCCAGUCAUCGUCGACCGUCGACGGACGAAGCAUCCGACCGGGAGACGUGAUAUCAACGUGGCACGACGAGGCUGGAAGCGGCAGCAAGUGGUCCGCCAGUGCUGAAAAGUCCGACUUAUGGUACGCGCUCGUGCACCGUGUGAUCGAGCCGCAACGCCUCAACGGCCCCCGCUCUUUUGACAUUGUCUGGCUGUACAGGCCUGAGCACACGCCUUGCGGCGACAUGAAGUACCCGUGGGCCAAAGAGCUGUUUAUGUGCGACCACUGUACGUGCAGCGAGAACAACCACAAAAACAGCAGAAAUGCGAGGGUGCAUUCGAUCAAAGAAGACGAAGUCGUUGCUCUCAAUUCCGUUGAAUGGUUUGGCGGCCCAGACACGACGGCCGACUUCUUCAUCCGGCAGACAUACCUGCAUGGCGAACGCAGCUGGGUGCAGCUGCGACUAGGCCAUGUUUUCUGUAAGGAUAGCGUGGCUGAAGCGCACCAGAGCGCACUUGCCCCCUACCUUGGCACGGCCCUCGAUCCCGUCGAGAGCAUCGGUGUAUUCGAGAAGGAGCCCAACUACGUCGUGGGUGAUACGGUGCUAGCAAUUCUUUCUAAGACGAACAAGCGCUCAGAGCCGUAUGAAGUCCAAGACAUUCUCAGAACCAGACAGUCAAGCAGCUGCUGCCAAAACCAACCCUCGCAACUAAUAGGAUACCGGCUUCGGCGGUUGCGUCGACGGAACGAGGCCGACCCGGAUACACCAGAUGCACCGCCCAACGAGCUACUGUACACCGACGAGACCGUUGUAAUCACGAAGCCGUCCUUUAUUAUUUGCCGCUGUGUUGUUCGCAUUUUCCCAGACCACAUCAAGGAAAUCCCUACUCCAUACAACCGCGGUGGUGCUGGGAACGUUUUCUUCAUGAUGUAUCGACUCGAAACGACGGCAAAACCCAAGAUUGACAAUGGCGAGUUCCGCAUUGUACCACUUGAUACGGCCAAAGACGCGUCUAACCUCCGUCAAGGUUUUGACCCUACUACACCAGUAUCUCGGCUCCGGGCGCUUGAGCUCUUUUGCGGCUGCGGUAACCUAGGCCGCGGCAUCGAUGACGCGGGCGCCACCGAGACGCGAUGUGCCAACGACAUCUGGCCAGUGGCAAUGCACACUUUCAUGGCCAACGUUGCGUCGCCUGACACAGUGACACCGUUCAUCGGCUCCGCCGACACGCUCCUUGAGCGGGCCAUUGGCCGCCGCAGCGCACCGCCAACAUCAGCUAUCCCCCAGCCGGGUGACAUUGACUUCAUCUCCGGCGGCAGCCCUUGCCAAGGCUUCUCGAGACUGACGAGGGACAAGGAGGCACACGGCCAGUACAAAAACAGGUCGAUGGUGGCGUCGUUUGCGUCGUUUGUGGACGUGUAUAGGCCCAAAUUUGGCCUUCUCGAAAACGUCCUAGCCAUUAUCAACAAUGGUAAGUCAGGCCACCAGCAGAGACGGCAAGACAUCUUCGGGCAGCUGGUCUGUUCACUCCUAGGCCUCGGCUACCAGCUGCGCAUCAUGCUGGGCAAUGCAUGGUUGUAUGGGGCGCCCCAACAACGGCAGCGUGUUUUUCUUUUAUUCGCAGCGCCAGGCUUCCAGCUGCCUGAUAUUCCGUCACCUUCACAUGGUUCGGAGGCUAGCAAGGGCUGGCUAAAGAGCCAGCACACCAUUGGCCGAUUAGCAAACGGCGAGUACAUCGCAGCAGCGAAAAGCAAUAUCACCGCGUUUCCUAUCGUGUCAGUUAGACAGGCGACAGCCGACUUGACAGACGAUCCGGCUGCUCAAAUCAACGACGGGAUCGUCGAUAUCUGUGUGCGGCACCCAGAUCACCGAAUCGUUACCGCCGAAUCGGACGCGAUGCAGCACAAAAUUGCGGCGAUCCCUACACAACCCUAUGGUAUGGGGCUUGCACAGGCUCGACGCACGCCGCACUUUACACUGCUCGGCCACAGUGCAUUGUUCAGUGAACGUGAGCUUGCGGCGAAUGACACCAGAGCGUACAAGCGGACAAAUCCGACGCAGCUGUUCAAGACGGUGCGCACUACCUGUACUGUUGCUGACUCACGAUCCGCCGAAGACCUACACUGGCGAGAUGCGCGGCCCUUGAGCAUCCUCGAGAUUCGGCUCGCGCAAGGCAUGCCGGAUGAUGACCUGCUGCUUCAGCAAAAGAAGGCCGACCAGUGGAAGCUGGUGGGGAAUGCGGUGGCGCGGCAGAUCGCCCUGGCUCUGGGCCUCUCUUUGCGGGAGGCGUGGCUUGGCACGUUGUGCGAGGAUCGGAGGCCCACGCAGCCUGUACGGGCGCCUGUUCCCGGCCCUGAGUCUGUGUUAGAACAGUCGACCCUCGCUUCUGAAGACGAGCUUGGCCAUGGCGGCGUGCAUUUUGCAAACGUCGUGCCACUGGCCCUGACGACGACGACAACGACGACAACGAGUACAACACUGGUGGCGACCCUGACACUCACAACUACCACAAGGACAGAACGUUGCAAGCAAAAUCGCAUCUUCCAGACCAGUGUCUGUAGCAAGCAAUCAUCGUCUCCCGCUGAGCCUCCUUCGUCGAAAAAGCGUCCUGCUCCGUCGCAAGAUAGCGGUCUCGAUGACCUUUCGGACGAUUUUGGCGCGGUAAAACGGUCGCGGACUUGGUCGCUGCCGUAG